AUGACGGAACAAACACAGACACAAACACCACCGCUCGCGACCCUUGCCAUCAAUGGCACCAUCAAUGGCAAAACCAGCAACGGCCUCGCGGCUAACGGAUCCGCCCACAUGAACGGAUCCUCCUCCAAGCAGCAGCAGCAGCAGCAGCAUGACGACCAGCAGCAGCCCAGCGGCACCUCCGCCGAGGAUCGCAAGCCCGCCAAGUCGAAGCGGCGGCCGCGCGGCGGCUUCGACCCGACCGAGCUGCCAGACGCGCCGCCCGGCUACACCGUGCGCUUCACCUUCCACUCCGCCACCAACCUUGCUCCCGGGGAUCUACACACGGCCUCGUCAGACCCCUUCCUGCACGCCACCCUCAAGGUCAACGGCCUAAAGCGCCACAAGGAGGAUCCGGACCUCACCCACCGCACGCGCACGCUGUGCCGCACCCUCGAGCCCGUCUGGGACGAGGCAUGGACCGUCGCUAACGUCCCGCCGACCGGCUUCACGCUCAAGUGCCGCCUCUACGACGAGGACUCACCCGACAAAAAUGACCGCCUCGGCAACGUCACCGUCCGCGUGCCCCGCCUCUUCCGCAGCUGGGAGGGCUUCCCACCGCCCGGUCGCACGUUUGAGGGCAAGAAGCGCGUCAUGAGCAAGCGCGCGUACCUACUCAAGGCCGUCACAGAUAGGUUUCAUCGCAAUCACAGCGCAAAGCACAUGUCGCCGCUGGUCACUAUUAGUAUAGAGCUGCUGGGGGAGUCGGAGCCGCCGCACGGCCAAAUGUACACGGUCGGCCCAGCCAGGUGGGUUCAGCACUUUAGUCCCAUGAUUGGGCGGCUGGCGGGCACAAAAGUCGAGGGCGACAAGGGCGGCGCCGGCGCCGGCGCCGGCGGCGAGUCGGCGGAGAAGAAGAAGCAGCAGCAGCAAGAUACCAACGGCGAGGCCAAUGGCGGAGAGGCCUCAAGCUCGGGGAAGCAGACAAACAAGAAUCAACGUUACGAGUUUCGAGCCAACGAGAUGCAGCUCGUCGGCCCCGUCCCGCCCAACAUGUACCACCGCUUCGUCGCCUUCCGUCCCAUCAUCGGCUCCAUGUUCAUGUCCACCGGCAUCCGCGGCAAGAUCCUCAACAAGGCCUUACACAAGCAGCACAACCGCAUCUACAGCUUCGACUCCAGCACCGCCUGCGAAGACUUCUCGCCGUGCACCCCCGCCGCCACGGAGCAGUUCCUCCAGAUGGCACACUUCGACGAGGGCGGCCGCGUCUUCACCUACGUCCUCACCCUCGACGCGCUGCUGCGCUUCACCGAGACGGGCAAGGAGUUCGGCAUCGACCUCCUCAGCAAGCACACCAUGCAUUCCGACGUCGAGACCUACAUCGCAUACUCGGGCGAGUUCUUCAUCCGCCGCCUCGAGCGGCCCACUGCCUCCGACGACCCGGACCCCAAGGGCCGCACGCACCCCGAUGACGAGCUGCCAGGCGGCCCGCCCAACGAGCCGCCCCCGCAGGACCCGGCGCACUACCAGCUCGUCAUCGACAACGACUCGGGCACCUACCGCCCAGACCGCUCCGCGCUGCCCGCGCUCAAGGAGUUCCUGGAGCGCAACCUGCCAGGGCUCGGCGUCGUCGCGAUGCACUGGGAGGAUGAGGAGCUCAAGGAGAUGAAGGAGGCGCAGCACCGCGCCAAGCACCGCGAGCGCGGCGGUAGGGUGCUCCGUGGCGUGCUCAACCGCAGCGCCAGCAGCAUCAGCUCCGCGGAGAGCGAGCUGGAGGACCGCCAGGCGGCCGCCGGUGACGGUGGCGAUGGCUGGGACGGGAAGAAGAGCAAGCGCGAGAAGGCGUGGGAGGCGCUCGAGCGGCCGGCUGCAAUCAAGGAAACGGCCAAACAGGCCCUGCCCUAA